UACUCAUUGUCACGUGACAAUCAAGUUUUCUGCGAAAUUAGGGCACACAAAGAUCCCAAAAUUGGGGCACACCGAGUUAGAGCGGAGCUCCACCCGCAAACAAAAUUGAAGAUGGCGAGAAUUGCUCUGCUGCGUUACUCUUCCAAUGGUAUUAUUCCCUGCUUCAUCUCCUUCUUUGCUAAUUCCCAUUCUGCUCCGGCAAUUGCAAUCAGAUCUUAUUCCUCACCUCAUAGCAAUAUUGAGAAUGUCAAGUGUUUAGAUGAUGCUCUGACUCUCUUUCGUCAAAUGGUCAGAACUCAGCCUCUUCCUUCUGUUUUUAGCUUCUCCAAAUUAUUAAAGACUAUGGUAAAUAUGAAGCAUUACUCUUCUGUUGUUUCCCUUUUUCGACAAAUGCUGAAAUCGAGUAUCCCAAUUGAUGGUUUCAUCUUGAAUAUAGCAAUUAACAGUUAUUGCCUAAUGCAUCGUUCUGACUGCGGAUUUUCAAUGUUAGCUAUUUACUUGAAGAGUGGCAUUCCAUUUGAUGUUAUCACAUUUAGCACCUUACUAAGGGGACUCUUUGCUGAAAAUAAGAUAAAAGAUGCGGUUAACUUGUUCAAAAAGUUGGUGAGAGAGAAUAUUUGUGAGCCUGAUGAAGUCACGUAUUUAAUUGUCAUGAAUGGGCUUAGCAAAAUGGGCCAUACUCAAAAAACAUUCGAUUUGCUUAGGGUAAUGGAACAAGGAAGCACUAAGCCCAACACAUACAUCUACAACAUUGUUAUAGAUGCUCUUUGCAAGGAUAGAAUGAUAGAUGAUGCAAUUAGCCUUUUUGAAGAGAUGAAACAAAAAGGCAUUCCUCCAGAUGUUAUCGCAUAUAGUUCAUUGAUUGAUGGUCUUUGUAAAUUUGGUCUGUGGGAGAAGGUUAGGACUUUGUUCUUCGAAAUGGUAAAUCUUAAUAUUUAUCCAGAUGUCCGCACCUUCAACAUACUGAUAGAUGGGCUAUGCAAAGAAGGAAAAGUUGAAGAUGCCGUGGAGGUAAUGAGACACAUGAAUGGAAAAGGUGUGGAGCCUAAUGUGGUCACCUACAAUGUGAUAAUUGAUGGAUAUUGCUUGCGCGGUCAAAUGGAUAGAGCAAGGAGCCUUUUUGAUUCCAUGAUUGAUAAGAGCAUUAAGCCUGACAUUAUUAGCUAUAGCACACUAAUAAAUGGAUACUGUAAGAAAAAGAAAUUGGAUGAGGCCAUGCAUUUGUUUUAUGAAAUUUCUCAAAAUGGACUGAAACCUGACAUUGUUACCUACAAUACUAUCUUGCAAGGUCUAUUUGAAGUUGGAAGAACUGACUUUGCGCAAAGAUUCUUUGCUGAUAUGCUAUCCACGGGGCUCGGACCUGAUUUAUGUACUAAUCGCAUUUUGCUCCGUGGUUAUUUUCAGAAUGGACUUAUUGAGAAAGCUAUGAUGCUAUUUCAUGAGUUGGAAAGAAAGAGAGAAUAUACUCAUAUUGAAUUUUAUAGUGUUGUAAUAGACGGAUUGUGCAAAACUGGCCAGCUCGAUAGAGCUCAUGCUAUUUUUGAGAAGCUUUCUUUAAUUGGAUUGUUUCCCGAUGUGAUAACAUACAAUAUAAUAAUAAAUGGAUUUUGUCUAGAAGGGAUGUUAGAUGAAGCUAAAGAUAUGCUAAGAAAAAUGGAAGAGAAUGGUUGUUCGCCGGACAAUGCCACUUACAAUAUUAUUGUGCAAGGACUUCUCAAGUUUAGCAAAGUUACUGAAAUGACAACCUUUCUGAAGGAAAUGAAUGAAAGGGGCUUCUCAUUUGAUGCAAGUACAGUAGAGUUACUAAUAGAUGUUAUAGCGAAGCAUCCUUCUUUGCUUGACAUGAUACCACAGUUUCACUCGGGAAAUAAGAAGUGAUAUGGAUUUCAGUUAAUUUAUUCAGCAAUACUUAUCACUAUGAUGCAAUUUCCUUUUACCUAUGGAAAAGAAAUCACAUCUAAUGGAAUUGCAGAAGCUGGAAGAAUGGAAAUUAGAACAUUGCUUGAGCUUUCCAAGCCAGCGGAGGUACAUCAGUUUUGAUAUUUGAUUGUUGUGCCACCCUACUUUAUUUUGAAAAUCAUAUUUUAUUGCAAUCUUAAUAUGAGAAACGAUGCACGUUUCUUUAUAUGUACAUAUUAUAAGUCUAGGAAUAGCAUACAGGACUGCAGAGGAAGCAGAAGCUGUUGUUGCACAGCUUUCAUUAAUGACACUGCUAACAGUUGCUUUUCAAAAGGUAAAACCCGUUGUUAACUAUGUUCUCCACUUGGAUCUUUUGAAAUGUAUUUAUUAUCGGAUGCCUUCAUUCAUAUGAACAGUUACCUUGUUAACCAUUUUUAUUAUCUAUUUGCCCUGUGCAUUUCUUGAUUUGAAGAAUUGUCUGUUAUGUAAGGGAUAUUCGUAGCUUGAAUUGGGCGGAUGGCCUGUUAACAUAAAGAUGACCAGUAGUUUCUGGAGGAAUUUGUUUUUUAUUCUAAUAUUUAGUAUUUGGAGGGGUUUGUGACAGUUCGCAAGAGCUUUCUGCUGCUAUUACUGCUAUUUGUAUUUUAUGCUUCAUCUAUGAUGCUUCCAGAAACUAGGACAGUAUAUCUUGUGAUUCAAACUGAAUUUGUUCCCAAUAUUUGAAUUUUCAGAAAAAACAAGAAGCAUUUACUUCUCUUUUCCAUAUUCAUCCUUAUUAACGUAUCAUUAAUUCAUCCUUAAGGGGGAUGUGCAAAAAACUUAAAGACAGUUAAAAUGAAUCGAAUCUGUAGUUUUUCCAGUUUUCAUUUUGCAAAUUGGCACGGAAAUUGACAGUCGACGAAGUCAUUCUUGCACCACUCUUAUGGAUUUUAUACUCUCAGUAAGUGACAUUUUUUUUUUGGUUCUCUAUUUUCAUUUUGGCCCAGCGUAAUACCAGCAGUUACAAGAAUUUCUUGCAAUAACUGGCACAAUAUGCAGAACUUUGCUUGUCUGAAUCUAACAUUCUUCUCAAGUUGUAGAAAUUGAAGGAAAAGUCUUCUUCUGCCUUCUUUACUCUUGAUCCAAAUUGAGGAUAAAGCAACUUUUCAGGCUAAUAGUUGUUUUUUGUCUUGAGAUUAACAUGAAUGGAAUUUUAGUGCAGCUGGAAGAUUCUCGAAAAAUUACUUUUGUGCCGUAAAUUGACAAUUCUUACAAUUUCAGGCAAGUUCUUUUGUACCAGUGAUCAUUCAACUAUUUCCUCGGACUUGGAAGGUGAAAUUUUCAAUCUGAGAUCAAGAAAAGAUUGCUUACAGAAGUUUCUAACUAUAGUCCAAGAGAAAGCUGCACGAAAUGAAAGAACCUUAGUGUACCUGUGUUACCAUAGUAAAAGGAUGAGCUCAUAUAAUACUGCAGUGGAAGCAGAAGAGGCUGUUGCACACCUAGCACUUAUGUCACUGGUUUGCAGCCAAACGACUAGAAAUUGAGGUUGUUUCAUCAUCCGUCUCAUCAUCUGACAAUUCACUUUCAGAUUCACUGAAAAUCCUUCUGAAACCUUUGCCAUUUGUUUUGUGAAGUCGGCCUUUGUCCACUGAUCUUCAGAAUUCCUGUUCUGGUCAGUUGAACCCUCAGCUGGUCCUUCUUGAAACCAGUGUGACAUAUGAAAUCAAUACAUAGCAGAAGAUAGAGAAUAACCUUUCAAGGUUAGCAAUGAAAAUUAUAAAGAAAAUAACAAUAUUCGUGCGUGAAGUGGAUAUAUAACUUCUGAGAAUAGUGUCCACAAUCUUUAUUAGUCGGAUUUGAAUAUGUCAAUGUCUUUAGAGCAAAUCUUACAGGGCUGAAACAGUGAUCUUGUCAGUUAUUGUUUUUUGAGGUAAGAAACAUUUAUUGAUUUUCUUUUA